UGAAAUAUAUUAAAAUCAUUACAAACGUCAUCUUCAACAUUUUAACAACUCUAAAUUGAAAAACUUUCUUUAUACAUAUUAUAUAAUAAUAAAGGUUAUACUUCUGUACUAUAUCUAGAUAUAAAAAAAAUGGGAGGACAUCAUCAUGAACCAUAUAAAGUACCUGAUGCUUCUACUUACAAAAUUGAAGGAAUACCACAGUUAGAAGAGGUUCAGAAAGCAUUAAAAAGACAAGGAUUGUCGGAUCCUUGGCUGAGAAAUGAAGUUUGGCGCUAUGACCCUGUGAAGAUGGGAACACACGCUUCCAGAGCUAGAGCAUUUUUUGGAAGAGGUUUUAUAUGGGGCUUAGGUGCCGCAGCAAUAACUAUUGCCAUAGAAACUGCCUUGGGUUCAAAUGAUCACGGACAUGGGCAUGGUGAUGAACAUGGUGGUCAUCAUUAAUUUAUAUUUUAAUUAUAGUAACACAAUAUAACAAAUUUAGAUCGAAAA